AUGUCGAGCUCUGCAUACACUCGUUUUGAAUGGCGGCGUACCCAUCCCGCUCGCUGGGAGAGGGAUAUCGACGAGGUGGAGGAAUUCUACACUGCUCUGGCGAAAGGCUAUGAAGGAACAGGACGAGUCUUCUUUGCCAUGACUGGGUUUAUUAGCUUUUCCAUCCCGGUACCACCAGGUGCCGCCUUAGAGAACGUUGAAGAAGCGGUUGAGGCAGCGUUGAGGAACGCCUGGAUUCGCCUUCGAUACAACCACCCGACCAUUGGCUCCAGGGUUCAAUACGACUCAGCCGAGAAGAAAUACAAGAAGGUCUAA